GCGUGUGUUGUGUUGUCACGAGCUAACCUAGCAACAGCAGAGGGGGGUGACGGACAACGCGCAAAAAUAACUAGCACCUCUUUUGAGGAUUCUGGGCGAUGGCGGUGAAUGUGUACUCCACGUCCAUGACCAUUGAGAACCUGAGCAGGCAUGACAUGCUUGCUUGGGUCAACGAUUCUCUGCAGCUGACCUACACCAAGAUAGAGCAGCUAUGCUCAGGUGCAGCGUACUGCCAGUUCAUGGACAUGUUGUUCCCUGGGUGUGUUCUUCUGAAGAAAGCCAAGUUCCAAGCUAAACUGGAGCACGAGUACAUCCAUAAUUUCAAAGUGCUACAAGCAGCCUUCAAGAGAAUGAACGUAGACAAGAUCAUCCCAGUUGAAAAACUGGUGAAGGGAAAGUUCCAGGAUAACUUUGAGUUUGUUCAGUGGUUUAAGAAAUUUUUUGACGCAAACUAUGAUGGCAAAGAGUACAACCCUCAGGAAGCACGGCAAGGGCAGGAAGUCUCGGCCACGCCCACCCCAGGACCUCAGAGGACUUCACCAACAGCACCCAAAACCAUGCCAGCCCCCCAGCGUGCGCCUAGCACCACCCCUUCAUCUGGUAUAAGACGGAACACCCCUGUAUUUCGAAAUGGAGGCAGUGAUGCAGAGAUCAUGGAACUCAACCAACAGUUAAUGGACCUGAAGCUGACAGUGGAUGGUCUGGAGAAGGAGAGGGAUUUUUACUUCAGUAAACUCCGUGACAUUGAGCUUAUCUGCCAGGAACACGAGAGCGAGAACAACCCUGUUCUUACCAAGAUUGUUGACAUCCUCUAUGCCACUGAGGAUGGUUUUGCUCCCCCAGAAGAUGAUGAGGUUGAUGAGCAGCUGCAGGACCAGGAUGAGUACUGAGUCCAAUAAAAUGCCCCUUAGGCCUGAUGUCCUACUACAUUUUCUAUCUCCCAUUACAUCCCUCAUCAGUUCCUCCAAUGUUUGUCUGUCUGUCUGUCUCUUUAAUUUCCAUCUCUUGUUCUAAUUUCAUCUCCUUAUGUUCUGAUAUUUGUUUACUGUGCUCUUCAUUCUGUUACUUUUUGUCCUCGAUUUUGAAGAACCAGCAGACAAUUAGUGUUAAAGCCUUUAACACAUGGGUGUUAUAUGUAGAUUGUGUGAGUAAUGGAUUUAGCCAGCACAGAGCGUUUGAUAUCAAAUUGGUGGUAAAUCCCUUUUUUUUUUUUUUUCACCUCAGAAUUGAACUCUACUUCACCACUGGCCACAGAUUUCCCUUUGGUAUUAUGGUAUUAAUUUUAUAGAGAGCAUAAAACACCAGACCACAGUCUCUUUAGAGUGCUAACCUUCAAUGCAUCUUUAGAUGUCAAGCCACACACUCCCACAACACAUUCUCAUUCCUGUCACUGCUACUGAAACUGACUGUUUUAAAACAGUUAACAAAUGUUUGGUGAGAUUUUUUUUUGAUGGCUGCUUUACUAGAUAAACAGAUGUCUAGAUGGUUUGCAUGUUAUUUUAGCUCUUGUGUUUUGAAUACUUUUGGGAUUUUUUGGAAAUAGAUUGUUUUACUAUAUAUGAACUAAUUUAAAGUCUCAGAGAGACUAGUUGUUUCAAAUAAAAUCAAUUUGAAAGAAAUAAAUUCAGAAUAAAAUUCAUUUGAAAUAAAUUCAAAUAAAUCUUAGAGUUCUGUGAACAAACCUGAUUCAAACUAAAAUUUUAGAAUUCAUUUGCAGGAUUUGUGCUGAUUGUAGAACAUUGAUAUUUUUGACUGUAACUAGAACAUUCAAGCACUGACAAUACUAAAGGCACACUGUCUGCUAAGUGCAUACAGUGUCUUAACAGGAAACUGAUGCUUCUUUUGUAUGCAAAUGUGUUUUUGUGGCUUUGGAUAUCAAAGCUUGGUUCUCAGUGAUUAUUGAAUUAGCAUUUAGAGCUAGCACUAAUGUGCAGGUGUGAAAGUUUCAGAUGUAUUUAUUUAUAAAAGAUAAUAGUUAGAACAACUUCAUGCUGAAACAGCUUAUUGCUAAAAAGAAAGCAUGGUUUUAUAAAACGAAUUAACCUUUCAGAAAAACUAUGCCACCAUUACUCAUGGUUAUUUGUGACUGACAUUAUAAAACUGUUUUUAGCCACUAAAACAGUGUUUUGUUUUUACAACACUAAAUGCCACAACAUUUGAUUUGAUUGACAGGACUUGGUUGUACUCAUUUCUUCAAGUUAUUGUAUUUUAUUAAAAGCUGUCAAGGCUACGGUAGCCAUGGCAACUAAUUGCAGUACAUGCAUCUAUUUUGAGUUUUACUAUGUAAAAUAAAGCAUAUUCUAGCAAUUAAAAAUGUUUUGUUUUGUGAGUAUAUCAUUUGCUGUAUCUUUAGAAGAUAAAGGUUUGUCUCAGAUAUUGUGUAAAAACAGAUUUGCAGUUAACCAGUACUAUACAUUAUUGUUAAUGUCUGUAGUAAAAUAUUUUAUUUCAUGCAAAUUUGUUUUCAUUCUGUAUGUUUCACCUCUUAAUCAGAGCUCUGUAAAGGAACUUGCUCAGUCACUGCCUGGGAAAUAGAAAUUCCAGCUAAAUUGUUCCUGUUGUGGUAUCUUAAAAGACAGUACUAUCAAUAAAAUUACCAGCACUUAUAGUAUAUUAUACUAUAAAAUAUACUAUAAGAUAUAUUACAUUACAAGAUAUACUAUAAGAUAUUGGGGUUAAUAAUGACAUGACUCUUCUCUGUUUCUCUUCUCACUUCAGCAUUCCAGCUCUAGCUCUGUUGAAAUAAUGUUUAGCUUUAAAAAAGCAGUACUGCAUUACUAAAAUUACCAUUGUCAGUUAUAGUAAUGACAAAGCAUUUUAAAAAAUUAACUGGCUAAUGUGCCCUUGGUAUUCUUAAGAAUACCGCAGAACUUGGUUGAACAUAGCACCUCUAAGCUGCUUGUUUGUAAAGUGUGUUGACACACUGAGUGUUCAUUGUCUUGCAAGUCCUGAAGCUGAAACAUUCUGAUACACUUUGAUAUACAAUGUAUGUUAUUACACAUUAUAACAGACAAAUAAAAUUUUUCUUAACAGCG